CCUUUCUCUUUCUCUAUCGACUAGUCUGCGUUUGGCCCGGUCCGAGGAGCACCCAGAGGAGCCGAAUACGAGCUCAACCCCAAAUACAAAGUGUAUUUUUGCUUUUGCAUUAAUUAAACCAGAGCUUUAAGCUUUUUUUAAAGAUGUUAAAGGUGAUCUUCUUGGCCGCUCUCACCGGCUUCACCUGGGCCAGCGAUGUGGUCGACUACACGGAUGAUGACUUCGAGAGCCGGAUCGGAGACCAUGGGAUGGCUCUGGUUGAGUUCUUUGCUCCUUGGUGCGGCCACUGUAAACGGCUAGCACCUGAGUACGAGGUGGCCGCCACGCGUCUGAAAGGCCUCGUCACUCUGGCCAAGGUCGACUGCACAUCCAGCAGCAACAUAUGCAGCAAAUAUGGUGUCAGUGGCUACCCGACCCUGAAGAUCUUCAGGGAUGGAGAGGAAACUGGUCCCUAUGACGGUCCCAGAACUGCAGAUGGCAUUGUCAGUUUCCUUAAGAAGCAGGCUGGACCAGCUUCAGUGGAGCUCAAGUCUGACGCAGACUUGGCGAAGUACACGUCGGACCAAGACGCAAGCGUUGUUGGGUUCUUCGCUGACGACAAGAGCACCGCACAGGUAGAGUUCAUGAAGGCAGCCAGCGCCCUGAGGGACAACUACCGCUUCGCCCACACCAACUCUGAGGCUCUCCUCCAGAGCCACGGCAUUGAUGGAGAGGGAAUCGUCCUGUUCCGCCCGCCGAGACUCAACAACAAGUUUGAAGACGGCUCCGUCAAAUACAGCGAGGACAAAUACACCAACAGCAAGAUAAAGAAGUUCAUCCAGGACAACAUCUUUGGAAUUUGCCCCCAUAUGACGGACGACAACAAGGACCAGCUGCGAGGGAAAGACCUGCUGGUGGCUUAUUAUGAUGUUGAUUAUGCAAAAAACCCCAAGGGCUCCAACUACUGGAGGAACAGGGUGAUGAAGGUGGCCAAGAGCUUCCUCGAUCAGGGCAAGAAGCUGAACUUCGCCGUUGCCAGCAAGAGCGUCUUCAACCACGACAUAUCUGAGUUCGGCAUGGACGGCAGCUCGGGAGAACUGCCCCUGGUGGCCAUCCGCACCGCCAAGGGAGACAAAUACGUCAUGAGCGAGGAGUUCUCUCGUGAUGGUAAAGCUCUGGAGAGUUUCCUGCAGGAUUACUUUGAUGGCAAGUUGAAGCGUUACCUCAAAUCAGAGCGCAUCCCAGAGAACAACGACGGACCUGUCAAGGUUCUCGUUGCCGAGAACUUCGACUCCAUCGUCAACGACGACAGCAAAGACGUUCUGAUCGAGUUCUACGCUCCGUGGUGCGGACACUGCAAGAGCCUGGAGCCCAAAUUCAACGAGCUGGGAGAGAAGCUCGCCAGUGAUCCCAACGUUGUCAUUGCCAAGAUGGACGCCACAGCAAACGAUGUGCCACCUCCAUAUGAAGUCAGCGGAUUCCCCACUCUGUACUUUUCUCCAGCCGGAAGUAAGAUGAGCCCAAAGAAAUACGAGGGAGGUCGCGAGGUGAGCGACUUCCUCGCCUACCUGAAGAGGGAGGCCUCCAACCCCUUGGUGAUGGAGGAGGAGACCAAGAAGAAGAAGAAGAAGAAGGACGACGACGACGACUUCAAGAUCGAGCUAUAAAAGCUCCUAACAGGAACUCAACGUACCCGCCACAACAACAGGAGGAGGAGAAUCAUGCAAAGAAAGAACUAAAUUAUAUUCCACUCUCUCUUAGUGAACUACAGAAUGCUCUGAGGCCAAGUCCAAAAAAGACGCGGCCCUCCCUUUUUAUGUCCUCCGCUGCUCUGGGAGAACUGUGGAGAGGUGGUGGCAAGGGCCUGCCUGAUGUUUAAAAACAAAAACAAAAUUUUUAAGGGGAAGAGGGGUCGGCUUUUGAAAAUUGAGAUUUUUAUUUCCCCUGGUCUGUCUACUACGCCUCAGGCUGAUGCACUUUGGUUUGACACCAGUCUCCGAUCAUCUGUCACUUUGGUUUUUUGUUGUCGUCGUCACAGGGGAUGAUGUUUAUUGGUGAAUUCCUAUUUUUCUUUCUGUUUGUUUUUGUAACACGUCUUUGUUUUUGUACAUUUGGAAGGAUUGUGAAAUAAAAAAGGCCCACAAAACCAGAACAAA